GUAAGUAAUAUCCACACCGGCGUGACCAUACUCUGGCUGUGCGCGCCAGUCAACCGACUGGCCGAAAUUGGGCCGCCCGGGAAUUAGGCACCUGCCGAGCUAGUUCCAUCAAUGCUGGAUUGCUGCAGUUGCAAUGCCAACAAAUCGUAAUUCUUUCGAAGUGACUAGUUGGACAAACCGGACCGAGUUCGGGCUCAGUCUUGCGGCCAGUUUCUGGGAUGAUUGCAUGGGGCCGCAAAACCCUGGUCAAGUUUGAGGUCGCCUAAUUCCGAUGGUCUAUCAAAUUUUCUUAGAACUUUAUAUGGUACACUUAGAAAUAUCAUACCCAUGAGCGAUACCUGCACGGAGGCUGCACAGCCUCCCCUUCAUUUCGACUUGACUGAGCGAGUUUGCAACCUGCUAUCAUGUGAAGUUACCCUUAAGGCACUGCGUGCAUCCAGCCGCGAGCUUAGGUCGCUGGCCCAGAAGCAAGUGCGCGUCCUUCGGCCAAAAGCCGGCCAGCGAGCGAGCGGAGGUUGUGUGGAUCUCGCUGUCAUAUCCGAAAAGUUUCCUUGCAUCGAGACGCUGGACCUGCGCGGCGUCGCCGGCCUCGUGCGCGACGACGCGCUUGCAGCGACUCCAAGAAUCUCGAAGCUCUCGACGCUAGUGUUGGACAGCUGCCGCCACGUUACGGACGACGGUUUGAAACAGCUAAGCACAUCUGUGCAGACGCUCAGCUUGCGCCACUGUUCCCAGGUCACUUGGGGCGGCCUCCGCAACCUCGGGCACCUGCAGCAUCUCUCCACGCUCAACAUUACUGGCAUCAAGCUACAGGGCGCGACGGGAGCGCCACUGGGUGGGCCAGCGCCGCAGCCCGUUGCUGCUGCAGGGGGGCAGCCGGAGGCCGUCGCCGCGGCGCCGGCAGGCCCGCAUCAGGCGGGGGCAGAUGCUGCCAUGGGCGGGCCGGGUGGCCCGCAGGGCAUGGCAAUGGCUCCGGGCUCCUUCACGCCCGACGCCGCGCUGUGCAAGGUUCUGCAGCAGCUGGACUCCCUCACGCUGGGCGACCCCAUGUCACUGUCCUUCAUCGCGGACCGGCUCGUGGUGGAGGGACUGGCGGCGGCGCGGCCGCUCCGGCUCAACCACCUGGAUCUGUCGGGCUGCAUCGACCUGACCGACUGGGCCGUGCACGAGCUGUGCGGCGCCAUGCCCUCCCUCACCAGCCUCAGCCUGCAGUCCUGCGUGCGCCUCACCAACGCCGCGCUGCUGGAGUUGCCGCGCCUGCCCCGCCUGCGCCACCUCAACCUGCGCGGCUGUCUGCAACUCAGCGACGCGGGCCUGGCGGCGGGGCUGUCGGGGCUGGUCGCGCUAGAGGUGCUCAACCUGCAGGGCUGCACAGCCGUCACAGGCUCCUGCCUGGUGGACCUGGCCCCCUGCCGGCGGCUGGCGGACCUGAACGUGUCCCACUGCGCCGCCUUCAGCAGCCUGGAGCCGCUGAGGGGGCUGCGCGGCCUGACGCGCCUGGCCGUCAGCCACUGCGCCAAGCUGAGUGUGGCGGGCAUCACCGCGCUCACGGCGCUGAGCGGCCUCACGGAAGUGCGGGCCAGCCACCUGCGCAACCUGGCCGCACCGGGCGGCGGCAACGGCGGCGCGGCGGCGGCGCUGUCCACUGAGCAGCUGGCGGCCAUGUCCUCGCUAGCGCAGCUGCAGGCUCUGGACUUGUCGUACUUCUCCCACCCGGGCGGCUUCCCCGCGGGCCUGCUGGACGCGGUGGCGGGGCUCUCGCGCCUCACGCGGCUGUGCCUGGCGGGCUGCGGCGGCCUGGCGGCGGACGCGCCCGCCGGCCUGGGCUUCCUCAGCGGGCUGCGGCACCUGGAGGAGCUGGACCUGGGCGCGUGGCAGGUGCUUCCCUCCCAAUCCGUCCAGGAGGUGGACCCGCAGCAGCUGACCUGCCUGGCGGGCGCCACAGCGUUGCGGCGGUUGGUCGUGUCACGGUUGGGCAACCGCCACGCUAACGGUUGCUUUGACGGCUGCGACUGCAACGGCUCACCCAGCUCCUCGGUCACGCCCAGUCUGGCCAGCAGCGCGGCGAGCUCCCCCGAUCGAUCCGAGGCGGCCGCAGGUGUCGGCGGUGCCAGCCUGGUGCCGGCGGCGGCGGCCGCGGCGGCGGCGGAGCGCCGGGCUGCGGUGGCCGCGGCGUCGCGUGCGGCGUCGGCGGCGCUGGCUGCGGCGGCGUCAAUAGUAGCGGAGGCUGCGGUGGCGGCGGCGGUGGGCGAGGAUGCCGGUGCGGAGGCGCAGCUACGAGAGGGUUUCGCAGGCGGCGUGAGCGCUAGCAGCGCUGCCUACAGUGACAGCAGCAGUGGUGGCGGCGGUGAGGCGUUUGACGCCUGCCGCGCUGUGCGCCGGCGGUCGCGGCCCCAGCGGAGCGACAGCAGCCUGCAGCACGCCUCAUCCUGGGCUGUGGAGACGCAGGCAGAGGCGGAUGCGGCGGUGGCGGCCGCCGCCGCCGCUGACGCCACCAUGGAUGCCCUCGCGCGGCAGAUGGCGGCAGUGGGCAUCUCCUGCCGUUGCGGCCGCCGCGGCUGCGGCGCGGCCAUGGGUGCCGACAGCGCCAACGCCAGCAGCAGCGCAGGCGCAGCCAACACCAGUGGCGUCAUUGCGGCCGCUUGUGCCGCCGCAGCGGCUGCGGCGCGGGCCGCCGCCGCGGAGGCGGAGCUGGCGGCGACGUCAGCCGCUGCCGCCGCCGCUGCAGACACCCACCUCCGACACGCCAAGGAUGACGUCGGCGCCUGUGACCCGCAGUGCACCGGUGCCGCCGCAAGCGGUCCUGGCGCCGUAGACGCCGUCGCUCACAUCGAUGGCGGCGGCGGCGGCGCCGCCGCCGCCAUCCCUGAUGACGCGGGUUUGAAGCGGGCUCUUUCCAAGGUGCCACCGGUGCAAGCGCCGCGCCCCUUCCUGAACCUGACUAGUGACGGCCCCUCGCCGGCAACGGGGGCGGUGCUGGCGGAGGCAGGCCUGCCGCCGCUGGCUGUGCCGCUGACGCCGCGGCCGGGUCUGGACGGGGCGCUGGGGCACCUGACCAGCCUUACGGCGCUGACCGAGAUCCAGCUUGAGGCCUGCAACCACGUGACGGACGCCGGCGUGUCGCGCCUGUCCCGCCUGCCGCGCCUCGAGCUCCUCGACCUGGGCGGAUGCAACCGCGUCACCGGCCGCACCCUGGCCGCCUUUGCGCGCGCCGGCCACGGCGCCCUGCACACCCUCACGCUGGCCAACUGCGUGUCGCUGAAUGACGUCGGCGUGGCGGCGCUGGCGGGCGUGAACAGCCUGCGUGUGGUGGACUUGGGCGGGUGCAGCAGGGUGACGGACGCAGGCGGCGUGGCGCUGGGCGGGCUGCAGCGGCUGACACGGCUGUCGCUGCGGGGGCUGGCGAAGAUCACGGACAGGACGGUGGAGGUCCUGGCCGGACUGCCUGCGCUGCAGUCGCUGACGCUGUCGCUGUGCGGCGCCCUCACCGACAACGCCCUGGCGCACCUGGCCGGACAGCAGCCGCCCGGACAGCAGCAGGCCCCUGGCAGCAGCACUGGCAGCAGCGGAAACAGCGGCAGUGGCAACAGCAGCACCACCAGGGCACCGCCGGCAGGGGCGCCUGCGGCGGCGGCAGUGGGGGUGGGCACGGCGGCCGCACGGGCUCUGACGUGGCUGGACUUGAGCCACUGCUGGCGGCUGAGUGCUGGCGGCGUGCGCAAACUGGAGGCGGCGCGGCCACAGCUGAAAGUCAUCUUCACCGGCCGGCGGUGACAAGGAGCCCAGCUUGCCGCUGGAGUUGCUUCGAUGAUGGCGAGCUGACCAGGUGGGGGGAUGCGAGCGGCGGGCGGCAAAUAAACAUGAUGAAAGGACUGAGGUCGCCGGAUGCGGCAUUGGGUUUUUACGUGGGAUUGUUGCCGUGUACAGGUGGUGCUUUGCGGGGCGAUUCAUCAUAGGGUUGCUGCAGACUGCCACGGGGGAGAUGGGGUUGCGGCUGCUUGACAACAGCAGGUUACACGCAACACCGCCAGUACCACGGAUUGCACGCCUGUCAUCAGUGAUCCCAUUUCAGGACCCCAUAGCAUCUCUCAUUUGACCGUAGUAAUUUAGGGCUUAAGGCGAUCUGAGGCGAUGUACGGCGUAAGGUGUCCUGGACCCUAACUCAUCAGUCGAAGUCGACGUGAUUACUGGUCCCCUCCUUACUCAGUGCAUACGAUUUCGUGCGCACGAUACAGUAUGACCCUGUGUGCCAGGAGAGUCACUGAAUUUAAGUGACAGACUGAGUGGCGCGUGAAUCUCUGACCUGCUCUGACCUCCUAACAGCACAUAGUUGAGCGCGAUUAUAUAUGCUUUAGUGGCGACAGUACUGUACCAUAUCAGUGACAGGGACAACCCCUGUGGAAGGGGCAUGAUCAUGGGUCAUGUUGAAGAUUGCAUCAGAUCAGAGAAGAUGCGGGUGUGGUUUGCACAUGCGAGUUAUCAUGUUUGUAGCGCACAAGCCUAUAAUGCAGCCGUGUGCUUUCGCGGUGCUGUGACGGAUAUGGAACGCGGCCUAGAAGGCCAAAACGGGCCGGCCCUUUUCCGCGCGGCACGCAAGUGAGUAACUUGCGGCCGCCGCAGCUGUAAAUUACCGAGCCU